GUCCAGCGGCCCCGAACUAGCCACACGGGGCCGCCCCACUUGGCUUUGCCGCUGCCCGCCUGGGCGGCCGGAAGGGUGCAGAAACUCCUGGUUGUACGUUCCCUUGUUGCAUGCGGCUGUGGGCACGCUUUCCUCCGAAAUCACAUCAGCAUGGGCACAGCACCCGCUCUGCGGCGAGCGCUGGUGCCGACUGGUUCGCGCACUCGCCGGCGCGGCGGCGCUACUUGUCGAAAGGCUGGCUGCCCUGCUGUACGCGUUGGCGGAAGCCGAGGAAUCCGAGGACGCCACCCCUGCAAGCUAUGCACCGGCGCUGACCCAGGCGGCAUUGCUCGAGGCGUACGGAGGCCACGCCGUUGCAGUCGAGGCCGCAGCGCUUUCUGA